GAGCCAAAUGGGAGGAGCUGGAGGUCAUUUGGCUCUGCAGUGAGCAGUACUUGUACUUGUCUGAAUCUGGCGCGUUCCCACCGCUCACACGUCAUCAUUGCGCGCCUCAACGAGUAUCACUGAGCGGCGUUUCUUUCCCAUGGAAUGGGCAGUAAAAAAAACAGAGCGUAGAAUAGUCAAACUAACCUCUCAGCCAGUCCUGUACAGGAUAUUAUUAAAAACGGCAAUAUUUUGAAAUGAUUGAUACCAUCGAAAAAGAAGACAAUUUAAUCAGCGAGGAGGAGGCUGCGCAGUAUGAUCGUCAGAUUCGCCUCUGGGGUCUCGAUGCUCAAAAAAGACUUAGGGGAUCACGGGUGCUUCUUGUUGGUCUCCGGGGUCUUGGUGCAGAAGUAGCAAAGAACCUUAUUUUGGCUGGGGUCAAAGGACUGACUCUCCUGGACCAUGAGCAGGUGACACAGGAGUCCAGAUAUGCUCAGUUCCUGAUCCCUGUGGAUGCAGAUGGUCAGAACCAGGCCCAGGCCUCUCUGGAGAGAGCUCAGUUACUCAACCCAAUGGUGGAAGUGAAGGCAGACACUGAUGCAGUGGAGAGCAAGCCGGAUGACUUUUUCUUCCAGUUUGAUGCGGUUUGUCUGACCAGGUGCUCCAAAGACCUCAUGGUGCGAGUGGACCAGCUCUGUGCCUCCAGGAACAUUAAGGUCUUCUGUGGAGACGUGUAUGGUUAUCAUGGAUACAUGUUCUCUGACCUUGGCCAGGAGCAUCACUAUGUAGAAGAAAAGCCCAAAGUGGUGAAAGGGUCUAAUAAGGCCAAUGAUGGUCCUGAGGCAAAGAAACUGAAGGUUGACCCCAAUGAGACUACAAUGGUGAAAAAGACCGUCAGUUUCUGCUCUCUCAAAGCAGCACUGGAGGUUGACUGGACUAAUGAGAAGGCCAAAAACAAUCUGAAGCGCAUUCCCGUAGACUACUUCCUUCUGCAAGUGCUUUUGAAGUUUCGUACAGAUAAAGGUCGUGAUCCUCAGCCAGACAGCUUUGCUGAAGACUCUCAGCUGCUCUUGCAAAUCCGUAAUGAUGUUCUUGAGACCAUGGGCCUGAGCUCUGAACUUCUUCCCAAUACCUUUGUCAGUUACUGUUUCUCUGAGAUGGCCCCAGUGUGCGCUGUAGUCGGAGGAGUUCUUGGACAAGAGAUAGUCAAGCCUUUCAAUCUAGUUCUCCACACAACCAUGAAACCCUCCGUUUUUACUAGCUGCGAAAGUGACUUUUCUGAUGAGGCGCAGUGAGAAGCGUAUGGCAGCUGCCCUCUCCAUCAGAAUCUGGGCUAAGUCCAAAAGUUUUAUCUGUUGACGGUGUAUAAAUGCCAGAAAUGACGAGGUAAUAUUCCGGUCACUGAUGAAAUCCAGCGGAGAGCGCCUGAAAUCUUCUCAUAUGAUUCCAUAAACCGAACGAGAUUAAAUAAGCUAAAGCGUAGUGAUGUAAUCAGUCAGUCUUGAGUGGAUAAUAACACCUGGAUUAUGGACAGUAAGAGGAUCUGUUGUAGUGUAGGCCAUGUAAAAACACAUAUUUGCUCCAGUUGCACACAACAGAAUACGGUAAAUGGUAAACGUCAAUAUCUCUCUUGGAGGGUGAUGUCAUCCCGGGAUGCGGUGGGGUCUUCGUGAGGGUGGGGAUCAGGGCUGAGUGGGGUGAUGGAGUGAACGCCGUUGUCUCAGAGGCGGUGGCUGGGCAGGCCUUGAACCCACAUGGCGGUGGAGUGAAGCCAGGCUGUCUCGCCAUCUCCCUGCAUGAUGAAACAGGCUGCAAUUCGCAUAUGGCUCUCUGUUUCUCGCUGCCCCUCGCCCAUCAGUCUCUGUCGCCACAAUGGAGAACGAGUCUGAUGCGUUCGAUCAAAGCAGUUAAUUAGAGAAUUCAAGGUCUUUGGCGUCUGACGUGUCUGAAGAUUUGUUUGCAUGUGUU